CUACUUACCUAGUAUCUGUGGUUGUCAGCGCAGUGCGCACGAAUUGAAAUUCAUUACGUUAGGUAUUUAUUUAGACUUUAGAUGUCAUUUAGUCAACAAUAAACAGUUUUUCUUUAUUUAUGUAUGGACAUUUGUGAUAUUAUACCAAUAAUUGGCUAGUCGUAAAUGUAAAUAAUACAAUCUAUAUUCAAAUAAGUGCAGCUAAAGGAAGAAGACAAAAUGUUAAGGUUCGAAAUAGUUUCUUCUCGGACUGUGGAGGGCGUCGAAAAAGAAAAGAAGUUUGUAGCCUAUAUGCUACAAGUUAGGCAAGAUUCCACGGAGACCCGUGUAUUUGAUCCUGAUCCAGCUAACGUAGAAAGGAGGUAUACACACUUCUUAGAUUUGUACAAUGGGCUUAAAAAAGAACAUCCAAUUUUGAUGAACAAUGUAUCAUUUCCGCGGAAGAUAGUUGUUGGCAAUUUUGAACCAAAUUUAAUAUCAACCAGAUGUGCAGCUUUUGAAUCAUUGCUGAAUAUAAUAGCAAGUGAAUCACGAUUAAGGGAUGCCCCUGCAGCUAUUGUAUUCUUUCAGAAUGCUGAAUUGAAGGAUGCUAGGCGACUUAUUGAUGAGGGAAAAUUUGACCAAGCUUUAUCUGUAUUAGAGACUAGUUUUAAAUUAUUAAAUAAGGUCUACACAGACAGAUCUCGAGUUGUAUUGAGUGUUCUAUGCAGGAUAGUGGCAUGUGCAGGUGCAAGUGGAGGGGCACUGGCUGGGCCGGUGGAGAAGUGGGCACAAUUAGCACUUAAACGAUAUGAGGCAGUGAGCGACUCUGACCUUUUGAUAAUUUAUAUUCCUCUAUUGCAUACUUGCAUUUCUAUAUGGGAAACAUUGGGGCGUGACAAAUCAAGAUUGGUUGAGGAAUUGAACUCUCUCCGCAAAAGGGGAAUGAAAGUGGACUCAGUGCCCAGUCUUAUGGAUGCUGUGGACGAAUUGGAUACAAACAUUUAAUAUUAUUCCUUUUAUAAAGAAACAUGCUUUAAUGACUAAAUAAGGCAGGUUUAGAUGCAGCUUAUAUACAAGUUGUGAACAAUCUUUAUAGACCUUUGACAUUGUAGUAUCUGCACCAUAUUAUAUAUACUUCAUUAUACAACUAAGACCUAUUUUUGUGUGAGACAGUCAAACCUGUAUAGGGUCAGAAAUGCAAUUUAAAUCUUUGGGAAAUCCAAUCUCCAUCUCCAUCUUAAAAAGCAUCUACAUUUACGUCAUUAUGAGUAAGUAAAGUUAUGUACCUAUAUAUUUACCUUAGUGACCUUUUUUUUUUUUAGCUGUUCUAUAUUUACAAUUAUAUUAUUCAAUAAUCAUUGUUAUUAUUAGCUUUACUAUACUUUUAAGAAAUCGCUUAUAUCAGCUAUACAAUUGGCAUCUGAAGGCAGAAAUCAUCCCACUCAUUGAAGUAUAGACUCACUCCUUUUACAUGCUGCACGCUUAGUUGGACGGGAAAAGGGAAUCAGAUAUGACUCAGAUAUAAAAAUCUUCUUCAAAGUAAUGUUUGUGUGAAGCAGACGGUUUACAUUUGAAAUACAAGCCAACUAAAAAAAUCAUUUUGG